UGACUACAUCCGUGAGAUGUGGGAAUUGAAAGAGAUCAUGGAACAAAGAUGUACACGAUCAAGGCGAGAAUUGUUGAAAAACCCAAGGCCACUCCUCAGGAUAUCCUAACACUACUGCCGACUCAAGGUCCUAUCGGGAUUAGUAUUGAUAUGGAUGAGAAGUUCAGCCUACUUGAGGACAACGGAAUCCACAUCGUGCAAGAACCAAAAGAAGGGAUGAAAAGGCACGCUUUGAUCAUCGUUGGUCAUGGGAGGACAAAGGAUAACCAGCUGUUUUUCAUUGUUCAAAACACGUGGGGUACUAGCUGGUGUAACAAUGGAUAUGCAAGGAUCAUCAUCGAAAAGACAUGCCCUAUCUUUUACGUUGAAGCUUUGCUAGCGUAGUUCUGAUUGUGAUCGUUUCUUUCGUUAUCUUGGUGAAGAUGAUAAUACUUAUGACAUUGCGGUAGGUUUCUUUUCAUGGAUAUUUGAUCUUAGUCAAACAUGAGUGAGUACAAUUGUCCACCUUUGUGGCCAUGUAAUAAGUUAACUUUUA